GCAUACAUUAAAUAUUCAGCUAAAUAUGACAAUCCUGUAGGGGACCAGAAGAUACUGAAAGACAUUUUUAGUAUAAAAGAGGGAAAGCCAACUCAAUAUAUUAGGACUGGAAGUAACUGAGAAAUUAAGAGAGUAGACCCUAUCAAAGGCAUCAACAUGAGUCAUCAUACUUGGAAUUUUAGUCACCAAAAACAAGAACAACAAGUAGUAGAAAAAGAAGAAGAGGAGAACAGAUAUACUCGUGGCCACGUGCAUAAUCAGCAGAAUCAAGUUGACCCCAUGUCCAAUAAGUGUGAAGUUGCAGAGUUAACAUGGGAAAAUGGGCAAGUAGCCAUGCAUAGACUCGGAAGCAACCUCUCGAAUGAGCAAACAAAACACACAUGGGGAAAGGCUGGUGACACACUAGAGUCAAUUGUGCAUCAAGCCACUUUCCAAAAACAACAUCAUAGUUAUAUAAUGGGAAGUGAUGGACAAAAUCAGGCAAACAUCAACAGGGAAAAAAAUGUAUCUUAUGGUGCUCAACAAACAAGAGGAGUAUUAAAGAGGAUGAGAUCAUCAGAUUCUGACCCCCAGUUAUAUAUUGGUGGAAUAUCAUUAGAACAUUUAAACGCUCGUGCAAGUGCUAAGGACAAUGAUAUCACCAUGAUAACAUGGCCUUGUAAUGAGGAUUCUGCCUGCCAUGGUGGCUCGGAAAACAAAGAGGAAGAACGUGAAACAAAAAGCUCCAACCCAUCAAAACGUAGUCGAAGAGCUGCUGUCCACAACCAAUCAGAGCGGAGACGCCGUGACAGAAUCAAUGAAAAGAUGAAAGCUCUGCAGAAGUUGGUGCCAAAUGCUAGUAAGACAAAUAAAGCAUCCAUGCUGGAGGAAGUGAUAAAGUACUUAAAACAGCUUCAAGCACAAAUCCAGUUGAUAAGCUAUGCUAAAAACAUGGAGCAGCAAAUGAUGAUGAUGUCUCUAGGAAUGCAACCAGCACAUAUUCAAAUGCCUUUACUAGCAACAAUGGGCAUGUGUAGUAGUACUACAGGAAUACUUAACAAUAUGACUUCUAAUUUAGCUCCAGCUCCUUAUCAAUCUCUUAUAGGCGGCCGCGCUCCCCUCAUUUAUCCAACCUCUUCAAUGCCCACUCUUUUUCCUCCCUUCAUGUCACCACCCUUCGCCACGGCAUCAUCCAUUCCUAGUACUCCACCACAACCUAUUAACGCCGAAUCCAUCAGCCCCAAACUCACUAAAUAUGCAGCUCCCCCUAAUAUUGCAGCCAGUACUUCAUUCCCUUUUAGCCACCCCUAUAAUGCAUAUCUGCCUCAUUCAAUGAAGAUGGAGUUCAAUAAUGAGAUGGCAGCUCAAUAUCUGCAGCGGGGCAAUCAAGAAAAUGUCAAUAUUCAAGGGCAAAAAAAAUGAUCCAUCUGAAUAUAUAUUUCUAUACUCACAUUUUCUUACUAUAUUUGAUGCAUUUUAUGUAUUUCAUUUAUAGUAUGGUAUAUAAAUUAUGGUAUCGUCUAGGUUUUUAUUAAAAUGUGCAAUAAUUUAGCAUAUCGAACUGUAUUUUCUUUUUCCUUCUAGUAGACAAGUUCACUUGAGCAAUAUGUAUGUUAAGCUUGCCUAUUGUUAGAUAGUUGUUUAAUGAUAUAAAUUCAAUUAAAAAAAAGAACAAAAACUGAGGACCCCUUACCGUGUAGUACGUAGCAAUAUUAAGCAAAAAAAUAACUUAAACUCAUCUCGAAAUAUGAUACUUUAAGUAAAGUUAAAACUCUAAUUUCAAUAUCGCUUAAAAAAAAUCCCGAAUACAUCACUGUUUAUACGGAAUCAAAGUUUGUUACGAUGUAUUCACAAAUCUGAUUUUUCAUCACA